GAAGGAGGAGAAGAAGAAGAAGAAGAGUACAUCCUCCACUACGAUAGGUGGCAGUAGUGUCUAGUCGAACGUUGUUACCCUUGUCAAUGUUUAACUUGUCUAAAGUUGCAUGAAGCGCAGCACUAUGUCGAAACGGUUUACUUUACCGAGCUAAUGGCUGCCCUGCGAGCGGCCAAGCAGGCGCUGAGGAGGGCGGUCAAGGGCCGGGUAGCAGCGCUGAGUGACGAGGAGAAGCGACGACAGUCCCUGGUGGUUUCACAGAAGCUGUUCCGACACCCCAAAUAUGUGUCCUGUAAGAGGAUUGCAGUGUUUCUCAGCAUGCAUGAUGAAGUGCACACAGAGGAAAUCCUCAGAGACGUGUUCAAAUGGGGAAAAAGCUGCUUCAUCCCUAGAUAUGAGAGGAGCUGCAGCCACAUGGACAUGUUGCAGCUCACCAGUCUGCAGGACAUGGAGACGCUGCCCCUGACCUCCUGGAACAUCCGACAGCCUGCUGAAGAUGACAACAGCAGAGAGGAAGCACUGGCUGCAGGAGGUCUGGACCUAAUCUUGAUGCCAGGCCUGGGUUUUGACAAAAUGGGGAAGCGUCUGGGACGGGGGAAGGGCUACUAUGACACCUACUUGGAACGCUGCAUCAGACACCCUAAAGGAAAGCCGUACACCAUCGCCUUGGCCUUCAAAGAGCAGCUGUGCCAGGAAAUCCCUGUCGAUGACAAUGAUGUGAACAUUGAUGAAGUCCUAUAUGAGGAUGAUGAGUGACUGGUUAAUCACCAGAGGUGCCUUACCAAUUAAUACCAAUGCAAACAUUUUCAAUGCAGACAUUUUAAUUUGUUAUAGCGCUCGAUAUAAGCUCGAAUGGAACUUAUGAGACCAAGGAUGGCCAUCGUUAAUAUACAUAUAUUAUAUACUGUAUGCAUGCAUUAUACAGUCUAAGCUGCAAAUUCAGUGACUGUAUUGAUAAUGUGUGAUCAAUAUACUGAAAGUCGAUAUUCAUCAGUGUCAAACAUUAAAGGACAAUCAGCUGAAAAGAAAUGCUAAUAAAGUUUGAGGAAAUUUGCAGUGUUAAAAAGUGCGCGGGGCAUGACUGGGAGGAACAGUUAUUAAAGUUUAGAGAGGCAGACCUGGAAUAAGUAGGAAUUUUACAACAAACAACUCAAUUUCCAUAGUUGUGCAAUCUAAAAAGAUUUGUUUUAUCAUGGUAGUGUCAUGAUUUUUACCUGAUCGAUCAACGGGACUAAAGUCCACCUCUGCAGGAAAUGUGUUUAGCUUACUGUUACAUCACUUGGUUGCUUGUCUUUCUCUGUGCAGACUGAUGAAUGUGCAGAGUUUGACACUUCAAGGCUGUUUUUGCAUAUUCUGGAGUUGGCGCGAUCUUGGAAAAUUUCAAAAAGUAAAUUGUAAACUGUUUUAAAUGGGAAUAAAAAUUAGACACAAA